AUGAUGAUGAAAGGUAGUUGCUCACCAUUCGGAUUUGUAGGCCAGGUGGCAGUCUCAGGCUUGACCAUACUCAAGCCUGAGCUUUUUGCAAAGCUUCAGGCUGGCUCAGGUCCGGCCCAGGCUCAAGCCAUGGCUCAUGGGCUAAAGUCGAAAAACAUGGACAAACAAACAAUCCAACAACAAAUUCUCCACAAGUACGCCUCCGUCAAAUGCUGCACCCCCCUUAUCACUGCCAAAUUCUUUUCUCAUCGCGUUAGGACGAUCGGGAACGUCAAGGUUGAGGCAUGCCAUCCCGAAACAUUGCACGAGAAUGGCGUUAACUUUGCCAAUGCCGUUGCCAACGUUGCAUGGAACAAAAACAAGGUUGUUUCCUUCAGUUUUUCCUUCAUCAAGCCAUCAAGGCACGAGCUUUUGAGAGGAGUCCCACCAAUCUUCGAGGCCAUGGCUCAAGGCUUCAUGCAUCAUGAGCCUGAGCUUUGGGCCUUGCUGGGCCUUGUCAAUGGCCCAAGAAGGCCCGGCUUUGGGACGGCUUGCCCUGGCUGGCUUACGGCUUUGGGCCGGGCCCGGCACAUCACUAAUGAUCACAUGCCGUCAGAGUUCCAACAGACUUGUGAACAAUUUUUUGUUACUCUCAAAUCCCACCAUUGA